GGCGAGGGGCGGUUGCUAGGCUGCGCGCAGGGCCUAGUAGGCCGCAGCAGCGGCGGCGGCGUGGCCGUCCGGGCAGCCGCGUCGAGUCGGGCGGUGCGGUGCCAUGGCGGCUUCGCCUCCCUCGGAGUCGCGCAGCGCGGAGGGGCCGGGCAGCUGCGUGCUGUGCUGCGGAGAGCUGGAGGUGGUGGCCUUGGGCCGCUGCGACCACCCCAUCUGCUACCGGUGCUCCGUGCGGAUGCGGGCGCUCUGCGGGGUCCGCUACUGCGCCGUCUGCCGGGAGGAGCUGGCCCAGGUGGUUUUUGGGAAGAAGCUGCCACCCUUUUCAACAAUAAUACUCAGCCAGUUACAACAUGAGAAGAAAUAUGAUAUCUAUUUUACUGAUGGAAAGGUUUAUGCUCUCUAUAGGAAACUCUUGCAGCAUGAAUGCCCACUCUGCUUGGAAUCCCGGGCAUUUCCUACCAUUGUAGACUUGGAGCAGCACAUGAGGAAGCAGCAUGAGCUCUUUUGCUGCAAACUCUGUGUGAAGCAUCUGAAGAUCUUUACGUAUGAGCGCAAAUGGUAUUCACGCAAGGAUCUUGCUCGGCACAGAAUCCAUGGGGAUCCUGAUGACACAUCUCACCGUGGCCAUCCCCUGUGUAAAUUUUGUGAUGAGCGAUAUUUGGAUAACGAUGAGUUACUAAAGCACCUGAGGAGAGACCACUAUUUCUGCCACUUCUGUGAUUCCGAUGGAGCUCAAGAAUAUUACAGUGACUAUGAGUAUCUCCGUGAGCACUUCCGGGAGAAGCACUUCCUCUGCGAAGAGGGCCGGUGCAGCACCGAGCAAUUCACCCACGCCUUUCGGACUGAAAUUGACUACAAAGCACACAAGACGGCUUGUCACAGCAAAAACCGGGCUGAAGCCAGGCAGAAUCGGCAGAUUGACCUGCAGUUCAGCUACGCCCCAAGACAUCAGCGGAGAAGCGAGGGUGUUGUGAGUGGUGAAGACUAUGAGGAAGUUGAUAGGUAUAACAGGCAUGUGAGAGGAGGCAGGUCAGGACCACGAGGUGGGCAACAAAACAGGAGAGGCAGCUGGCGAUACAAGAGAGAAGAGGAAGACCGAGACAUUGCUGCAGCUGUUCGGGCAUCAGUAGCUGCCAAAAGGCAAGAGGAGAAAAAACGGGUGGAAGACAAAGAGGACAACUCCCGGGCCAAGAAGGAAGAUGCCAAAGAUCCUGACACAGCUCUCUCUAAGCGUGGGUUGAAGCCUUCAUCCGAAGCCCCAGUUCCUAAGGAAGUGGUUCGUAAGGCUGCCUUAAGCCAAGAUGACUUUCCUGCCAUUGGCUCGUCAGCUGCGAACUCUGUGCAGAGCUCCUCUCAGUUGGCGUCAGUAAAACUCGACGAAGAGGACUUUCCCAGCCUCUCCUUUUCCUCCGCCCCCCCCGUGCUCUCGGCCGCCAUGCCCUUGUCGUACACGGCUACAGCCCAGAAGGCGGCGUUUCAGGAGGAGGACUUCCCCGCCCUGGUCUCCAGAGUCCAGCCAAGCAGUAAGACGGUGUCGACCCUCGCCUCGGCCUGGAGCAGCGGCUCCAGUAAAAGCGUGGCCAGGACUGUCACAGCCGCCACCAGCAGUGCCGGCCAGCCGGCCAGAAAAGGUGCCUCUGCCAGCAGCAGCAAAGCCAGCAAAAAGAGCAAGGUGAUGCUUCCUGGUGAUGCCCAGGACAGUGGGGGCAGCGUAGCCACUCAGGAGGCCCGAAGUGCACCGACGAUGGUGGACGUGUCCUCGUUGCUGGCAGCCUCCGGCUCUCAGACUUUUGUCAAAGUGGGUAAAAAGAAGAAAGUUGGGACUGAGAAACCGAGAGCAGCCUCACCACCGCCGUUGCAGGAGAUGCCAGCCUCCCUCUCCCUAGAGAAGGGAGCAGAUGCUGAGCACCCCCUGACCGUCGCUGCCAGUCCUAGUCUCCCCAGUGCGUCUGCUGCUCUGGUGAAUGGUCACUCAGAAAAGCCCGUGCUGCUGUGCAGUGCUUCCAAAGAGCCCUCCGGCCUUAAGAAACCGCCAGUGGGUGGCCAGGGCCUGUUGCCUCAGGAAGACUUUCCAGCCCUUGGGAACGCCGGGCCACCUCGGAUGCCUCCGCCCCCAGGUUUCAAUUCUGUGGUGCUACUUAAUAGCCCCCCACCCCCUCCUGGGCUGUCGGUGCCUCUUAGUAAACCACCCCCUGGCUUCACUCCUAUUCUGCCCACCAGUAUCUCAGAAAAUGCCCCGGCUCCUGUGAAAGAGACCAAACUCUGUCAGGGACCCUAUCUGAUCCUGGAAAACUUCCAGCAACGGAACAUCCAGCUAAUUCAGUCAAUCAAAGAAUUUCUUCAAGAAGAUGAAUCUCAGUUCAACAAAUUUAAGACAUACUCGGGGCAGUUCAGGCAGGGUCUGAUUUCAGCAGCACAGUAUUACAAAAGCUGCCAGGAGCUCUUGGGCGAGAACUUCAAGAAGAUCUUCAACGAGCUCUUGGUCCUCCUGCCAGACACAGCCAAGCAGCAGGAACUGCUUUCUGCUUACAAUGACUUGAAGGCCAACGCUCCAGCUGGCUCUUCCCCCUCCUCCUCGAGCAGAUCCAAGAAGAACCGGAAGACGGUUUGGCAGACAGAGCCAGCUUCUGACCUCAACUGCUGCGUCUGCCCCACCUGCCAGCAGGUGCUGACCCAGCAGGACCUCCUGUCUCACCAGGCCCUGCACCUGGAGGAGGACGAGUUCCCUUCCUUGCAGGCCAUUAGCCGGAUCAUCAGUUAGCUGUUCCGGGUGACCAAUAAAGUUAGUCUCCCUCUGAACAUUUGCUCUUCUCGGGAAGGUUCUCUACCGAGGGGAGAGUAGCCAGCGGUGUGCAUGGGCCAAGGGCCUUGGGGGCCUGAGGAGGAAAGGCAGGGGUGGGUUAAGCAGCGACAGGGUGAAGGAAGUCACAGCUGUUAUAAAAACUGGGCGGGGUCCUUCUGCCCGCCGGAGUAGGAUGGAGCAGCAGGGUUACCGCCAGUUAGUUUGCUGCUGCAGGUGAGCAUUUAACUACUUGCUGGCCGCAGCGGGGAUGUUGGGCGGGGGGUGGCUACUUUUUGAGAAGGGGAAGUUGGGGUUUGGCUGCCGGGAAGUAACGGAGUGGCUCACAGGGACUGUACAGAGGGAUUCCAGAAGAUGGGAGAGUUGAGAACGGCUAUAGGUUCGGGCAGAGAAGUGCUGUGUGGUCUUUCUCUGUUUGUCUUUCUCCUUCCUUAACUCAGCUUUUUGCGGAGAGGAGUUUGCUGCUUCUCCAAGUGGGAAGGGUCCUCAUGAAGAAGAGCUGCCCAGGAACUCAGGAGGGCUCUUCAGGUGCCCUUUUUCUCCCAAGUUUGUUUCCCAAAGGAAACCUUUGCCUUUUCAUUUUGUUCUCUUAGAAUUGCAUGCAGGGAAAAGCUACUGUUCGGUGCUUUCUUUAUUUCUCACUGUAAGUGCGCAUUUCUACCCAGUGAUGUGAGUUCAGUUAUUUCCAUUGCCUUGAGUGGUUGUGGCUCAUUAAAUGCUGCUCAGCAGUGACCGCCUCCUGCUGCUACCUGAUGCCUCAACGCCAUCCUGACGUGGUUUUUGAACAGGAAAGGGAGCUCUGGGCUGCUUGCCUGCAUCUCUGCAACAACAAUUUUGGGUGCCCAGGGCUGAUGCCAGUGAGCUCGGUCCUGCUCCUUCCCCAGGUCAUCUCAGGUAGAAUGAAGUUGGGUUUCUUCCACAGAAGGGUGCCUUGAUACUGUAAACUUGAUCAGAGGCACCGCUAGCUUUUUAUAGUAACAUUCAAGAACAGACAUUAUAAAUAUAAUUUAUCAUUUUCUGUGCUUUUCUCCUCUCACUCACUCACUCACUCACUCACUCUCAUACACAGAGCCACAUAUGAGUGUUCAACACCCAGCAUAGGACCCUUCAAAAAAUAAAUUUUAUUUUGCGUAUGUGUGUAUGUAUGUGGCAUAUAAUUGAAUUGUGCCACUUCCCACUGCCUGUAUUUAAAGUGGAAGAAUCCAGAAACCAUUUCACGUCUUGCACAGCAUAACUGAGAAAAGCUCAAUCUAUGGAUCUGCCACAUUACUUUUGUGGGCUGGUGUUAGUUCCUGAAGAUUUGAUACCGUAGUCCCUCAAUUUUUAAGAGCAAAAAUGUGCUAUUAGUGUUUUUUUAGGUCACUAAUAACAGAGCACAUCACUGUAUCAAAUUGGCCAUUCAGUGCCAAAACUGGGGGCUCUUUUGAAAUGAACUGGAAUACUUUAUUCAUUCACGUUGGCAAGACCUGUAAGAAGACCCCCUACCCAAGGUCUCAGACGAGGUUUAUUAUAUUAUUAGACAAGAUUUAUAUUACUGUUUCUAGGUCUUAAAAUCUGUGCUUCUCAGCCAUUUUUUUCCUGUUCCUUCAACAUUGUUCAGUGCAAGUACAAUAGAAUUUAGGGCUCUUUUCAACUUCAGUGAAUGUAUGGAAAGUGCAAAUCAGUUCAAGGAAGUCCUCUCACACUUAACAACUUUCAGGAUCUCCUUUGGACACUAGCUGCAGUUGGGCCUGCUCCUGCUGGUGGAGAUCCCCCUUUUCCUCACUUCACGAAGGCCCUGUGAUGAAACCUUAGUGGGCUGGCAAAACCCAUCCGUCCUGGGCGUUCUAUGGGGCUGCUAGAUCCCUUAUGCCCCAAGCCUCCUGAUUCCUUGGGGCUCUCCAUUGAAAAUAGCAGAAGUGGCUCACCUUAUAUAGAGUUUUGCAGCUGAGCAUUCCAGGGGCAUCAGUGGAAGAAAAAGCAGCAGCUGUUGCAUACAGUUGCAACCCUGGUUUGGUUUGACUGGUGCUCCUUGUUACACAAGAGGCAAGACAGUUUUGGCCCAUGGGGUGCCAGGCUGGGGUAGGCCGGUUGCCUGCCAUCCUGGAAUGCCUUGGCGCAUGGCUGAAAAGAAGCAGUGUUGGUAGUGCUGUCAUGCCUGCCCAAGAGGAUGGCUGUCAACAAGUCUGCACCAGCUGUUUGGGUUACCCAGGCCCUUCCCCAGGAACAUUUUAACAAGUUUCAUGCUCUUCCUUUUAAACUCUUUAUUGGAAAAUAAGUUGUAAUUGCAACACCAACAAUUAAAUUAGCACAAUCACAGACUAAUCAUCUGUUUUUCAAAAUGUAUAGCUAUAAUUAUAUACAUAGAAAUGUAAACAUUAAAAAAAAUUCACAUGGUCCA